UUUUGUUGGAGUGUUGUCAAUCGAUUCUGGAAGGCCUGUGAUGACAAUAGUGUGUUGUCGACGUUCCUCUUCAUAGUAAUCUUUUGCUGAUGGUUGUUCAUUGAGUAGUUGCACUGCUGUCUGAAGAAGUCCACCAAGUUGUUUGAUUAAGAUUUUUGCGUAGUCAGGAAUUGAAGAAUCGGAAUCGAUUGCUGCUGUGUUGUUAAAAUCACAUGCAGUUAUUUGAUCGAUUAAUUUCUGACGUUUGUCGUUAAUAGAAUAAGAAUUUGAAAGUGGAGACAUAUUGGCUUGGCUUUGAUUGCGUUUUUGAAUCCUUUUUUCAAUAUAAAAUUCCAUAUUUAAAAUUCUACUUCCAUAUUUAAAUUUCCAUAUUUAAAAUUCUCCAUUAAAAAAAUAUUUUUAAGAUCACCGUCCAAAUUUGAUGUAAUUAAUACUAAGGAAUGUCUUUUAUCUCCCCAAAAAUCUUUUGUUACAACAAUGGAACCAGCUGAAUUUGAAAAAAGAGCAUUAAAUGAACGUAGACGAACAUUUAAACAAUUAGAAAAAAUAGAAAUUGCAGAGACUUCUGCUUUAAGACAAAGUUUAAGAAAAAUUGAGAAGAACGAAGAUAAAAAGUAUUUAUUUGGUGAUUUAACAAAAUCUAAAAAAGAGCCUUUGCCUAAUUUUUCUGUUGAAGCUCAACAAGCAUAUAAGGCAAUUUUUUAA